CACAAAUUUAAUAAAAUUUAAUUUAUUAUUAAUUUUAAAACUAUUAAUAAUAUACUCAUUGAUAUCUCGUGAUCUAAGUGUUGAUUGUUUGUCGACCGGUCAGACAUCACAUCAUGACAUUAAGCCUCACUGUAAUUAUACAAUCGAUAGUAUCGAUGCUAUUAUGAAUCUAACCAAUGGGUCAUUAUUUGUGGCCAGUGGUCAUCAAUAUUGGAUACUCAAAUCACACGAGAGRCCCGUUCACGACAAUGCCAUCAAAAUUAGUAAUCUAUUAACCGAUGUGUCGACUGUCGAUGCGGUCAUCAAUUUGAAGAUCAAAGCAGACAAACGCAACAAAAAGUGUCACCAAAUUAGAGAACAACUUAUUUUCUUCACUCAAGACAUUGAAAAUAACAGUAUAACAGUUAAUACAUACGAGGACGAGAAGUGGACAGUUAGUCAUUCAUUAGAAGAUGUGGAUGUGUUGAGUGCCGCCAAAUCCAUAAACUGGUCCCAACCUAUCGAUGCGUUUGGCUAUUUGAAUGAUAUCGUUGUCAUAUUUCAAGGCAACUCUUAUACAUCACUGAAAUGUCAAGAAGGGGUGUGGGAAGAGGUCCGUCACCUGAGUUUGCCCGUCUCCUUCUCAGGCAUUGAGGGACCACUAGACUCGGCUAACUUUAUUAAGACCGCUUCAAUCAUUGAAGACGCCGUACUUUAUAUGUUUAAAGGCAAAGACUUUUAUAUUUGUUCCGUAUAUGGAAAUGAGCCAUGCAAUGGUCCGCUACUAAUAGUGGAUGACUUUUUCAAGUUUGAUGACGAGUGUGGACUGAGUCCUCAGCACUCGACCGCUGAUAUUCUGGUUUGGGUUAUAAUCGUGUUGUUUGUGGCCAUAAUUGCCAUCAUUUUACUGGCUUUCUGUUGUUAUAUGUUUGUGUUGAGGUCACGACAGAUCACGUUUUGGGUUAAUCGCAGGCGAACUAAGGAUAGAAAUGCUGGUCUAACUUAUGAAGCACUUAAUGGUCAACAACAGGAUCCCAACCAAAAGGGAGCCGAGACUAAGACAACAAAUGGCAACGGAGUUGAAAUCAAUUUAGAAGAGCAGACAUUCAUCGAUAGUAAUGGAAAAGAUGAAGAUAUUAAAGAUAUUAAAGAUAAACAUUAG